UCCGCUCUCUAGAUUGUCGCGUUCAUAUCUCCGUCCUUCCAAUAUGAAUGAAGAAAAAACUAACAUGACUACUAAAAGACUUGAUCAUCUUUCUGAGAAUCAGAUGAGAGAGUACAAAGAAGUUUUCCAACUUUUUAAGCAAGAAAAAGAAAACUCCAAAAAUUCGCAGAUGUCAAGGCAAGAACUUGUCGAUGCAAUGCGAAUGUUGGGGCUGAAUCCAAAAGAAGAAGAAAUUCAAUACAUUCUCAAUACUAUUGAUAUAGAAGGGGGUGGACAAGUUGAAUUUGAAAAAUUUGUCAUCAUGAUGGAGAAAGAGAGAGUCCCUGAUGAGAGCGAAGCACUCAAACUAGCGUUCUGCGUGUUUGAUGCAGACAACACGGGUUUCAUAGAGUCAGAGGAAUUGAGAUAUGCCAUGGAGUUCAUGAAAAUAGAUAAAAACCUCGAAGAACCUGAACUGCAGGAGAUGUUUCAAUAUCUUGGAAUCGAUAUCGACAGAAAGAUACCAUACCAAGAAUUCAAGACAUUUAUAUCAGCCAAUAUUGACUUAAAAGAUGUUGAAGAUCACGAAGCAGGCGAGAAAGAAGAAGAGGAUUCAGUAGACGAUGAUACGGCGGGAGAAGAUCCUGGACCGAGUCAACGCCUAAUACAACCACCAGAGGACGAUAAUGACGAAGGGAACAAGCGUGAAAUUGAAGUACCAGUGAGAGUAGAGCGUGAACCAAGCGAGCGAGAUCCCCCGACACACUUGAUGACUUCACGAGUUUACCCUUUAAGYAGGUAUUUGCUGUGUGCAACUGCAAAAAGCGAUUUAAACCUUGAUUUAUCUGUUCACAUACAAGAUUUGAUUUUUCGCAAAAUGGAUAAGCUAGAUAAAGACCAAAUAGAAGAAUUAAAAGAUGCGUUCAUAAUGUUUGAUCAAGAUCAGUCUGGAUUCAUUUCCAGUAAAGAACUCAACGCUUGCAUGAGAUCCCUUGGUCAGAACCCUACAGAAGAAGAACUUCAGGAGAUGAUUUUUGAGGUGGAUUUGGACGGAAAUGGUUUGCUUGACUUUGAGGAAUUUGUCCAGUUGAUGAUAAAUCAGAGAAAACCUGACGAAGAACAAAUUGAAAUGAUGAACGCGUUUAACGUGUUCGACCCUCAAAACAAAGGGUACUUUGAGGCGUCUCAGUUGAGAGACAUUUUCUAUAACGACCUSGAGGACAAAAUCCCAGAGAAAGAACUAAAUGAGUUUAUGAAAGCCACGAAGCUUGACCAAGACAGGAGAGUAAGAUUUGCUGAAUUUGUCCAUCUCAUGGAUCCUUUCAACGACUUUGGAGCGUAAUAAUGACAUUUGGAUAUGGUGAAACUACAACAUUAUCGCAGCCUAUAGGGCUGACAUUGUAGUAUAUUAUAUGCUAGUUUUGAUAUCCAUCAUAGCAAAUAAGUUAAUGUCCUCGGAUUUUGCUGGAUGCCUUUUCUAUUUUGCAGUUCUUCAUGUCAAUUGAUGUCACUGAUUUAUAUUUCUUUAUUAAAGCAAAUCUCUCGCAGUGUGGUUUCUAUAGUUUUUAAUAGUUUCAAAUUAUUCAUUUAAUAACACUACAGACUGUUUUCAUUUGAGAGAAAUUCAAACGAAAUCAGUCUCUGUUUCAGCUAGAUUUAUAGGUUUUUGUACAAAAGAUCCUGCUAACUAUAGCUAGGGCUCUGUCAGAAACUUGAAUAAGUUAUUAAGAAUAAUACAACUAUUUCUUUAGUCGGUCAGCAAUUGCAAAUGAAGCAGUCGUACCCACGCAUCACUCUGUCCAUCCAGUAAUCCUAUCUAUUUACAAAUUCUACAGGAAUAAACAAACACAACCAAAAAAUAAUUACUUGAAAAAACUAGUCUAGACUAUGUAUAUUCUACAAAGCUCUGAUCAAAAACGAAUGAAAACUUACGCAAGAAUAUGUACAUUAUUAUUGUGCCAAUAUGGCAGAAAUUUAAAAAAUAUGUAGAAAUGAUACAAAAUAAUGGGACCGUAUAACUUAUGAUAACCUAAAAUAUUGUAUCGAGGUCUGUUAAUAUAAUCUCUUGUCAACGACAGACUGGCCAAUAUAGUAACUCACUGGUCAAGUUGACCACGUGAUAUACACACGCUUAUCUUAUACGUAGUGUCACGUGRUGUUUCUGUAAAUGCUCGCUUAUUUAACAAAGAGUAAUACAAAAAGGUGCGAAAUUAAUUCUAAUUUCUUUGUUUCUUAUUGUCUAGAAUCAAUACUAAUUAGCAGUCAUUACUAAUGUUUGUAGCACAGAAUAAGUGGUCUACACUAUCAACAGCAUCGUCGUCUAAUAAAUUUACUUUUUACUAGUCAAAAAUAAAUCAUUUUUUCUCUAUACUUGAAUGCGGAGUGGCGACAGAUGUGCAACUUUUUAAAAAGUAAACUUUCCUACCAUAGAGUUACGUAAAGAGGGUMAUUUUACUUCCUGUCCUAAUUGUAUACGAGAUUCAUCGUGACGUAKAAUGGAUCUAUAUCACGGGUUAAGUACCAUAUUUACUAUGUACAUCAGGGUAUUGUUC